AUGGAUAUGCUGAGGGCCCAGAAAGAGGAGUUCUUUGAGGUGGAGGCUGGAGGGGGAGGUGGCAGAGUGACCGCGGCCCUGGAGGCGGGCGCUGCCGAGCCCAGCGCGGGGGGAUCGGCCCAGGCGCCCCUUCCCCCGGCGCUGCGCGUCCGCGAGUCCCGGCCCAGCUUAACGCCGACGCAGUUCCCGGCGCCUCCGUCAGGGUUGUCGGUGGGGAGGCUGAUGAAGCAGAUACUCAAAGCCAGCCAGCUAAUUAGGGAAAAAAUUAAUGGCAUUGAAGGCACGAAACUAGAUGACCACUUUCUUGACCUGGAAAAGAAAAUAGAUAUCACCAAUAAAGCUGUUACAGAAAUUCUUUUGAAAACCACAGAAUACAUUCAGCCCAAUCCAGCAUACAGAGCGAAGCUGGGGCUGCUGAGCCCGAUGUUGAAGAUCCACAGUUGGGGGAAGGCCUCGGAGUACCUGCAGCCAGAGGGCCGGCUGGGCAACUGCAUGCUCAAGUACGGCCAGGAGCUGGGCGAGGACUCCACCUUUGGCAGUGCGCUGACUGAUAUGGGCGAAGCUAUGAAGCUGAUGGCGGAGGUGAAAGAAUCCUUUGAUAUUAACGUCAAGGAAACCUUUAUUGAUCCACUCCAGUUAGUACACGACGAAGAGUUAAAACAGAUUUCGCACCACCUGAAGAGGCUGGAGGGCCGCCGCCUGGACUACGAUUAUAAAAGGAGGCACGUCGGAAAGAUCCCCGACAAUGAGAUCACACAAGCAAUGGAAAAGUUUGAGGAGUCCAAGGCCUUGGCGGAGAGGUGCAUGUUUAAUUUUUUAGAAAAUGAUGUAGAGCAAGUUGGCCAGUUGGCGCUGUUUAUCCAGGCGGCUCUAGAGUAUCACCAGCAGUCGGCCAACAUCCUGCAGCCACUGCAGAGGAAGCUGAGGAUGCGAAUCGCGGCUGCCUCCUCUCUGGGCAGAAAUGACUUCAUGCCGCAGCCCCUGAAAAAGUGUUCCAAAGCACUCGACCUGACCACCACCUCCUCAGCCAAGUCCAGAGGUUCAGGUACUUAA